GGGUAAGCGCAGUACUGUGACGUAAGAAGAAGACGACGCAGAAACAUAGCUACAGCUAAUGCUAACUAGCCGUUGGUGUUGAGAAAAAUGUUGCAUUUUUGAUUUGUCUGUGCUACUUAUCUUCCAGACGAGGCUUAGCCGGGACACUAUUUCGACUGUGUAAAGUCCCGGGCAGAAAAUACGCAUCAGUGUGUGUAUUUAGAGGUAUUUACUGAGAAGUUUGUCUAGAAGUGGUGUGUGUUGGUGUCAGCUGUCCGUCAGUUAAACGUCAGUAAUUGUGAGAAACCACAGGCAUGGCAGCUCCUGUAAAUGUCCAGACUCCAAGUAAGACCUGGGAGUUGAGCCUGUAUGAACUACACAGGAGCCCUCAGGAGGCCAUCGUGGAUGGGACUGAAGUGGCUGUGUCUCCUCGCUCGCUGCACAGUGAGCUGAUGUGUCCCAUCUGCUUGGACAUGCUGAAGAACACAAUGACCACCAAAGAGUGUCUGCACCGCUUUUGUUCCGACUGUAUUGUCACUGCACUGCGAUCUGGGAACAAAGAGUGCCCAACCUGCAGGAAGAAACUGGUCUCCCGACGUUCACUGCGCAGAGAUUCAAACUUUGACGCGCUUAUUUCAAAGAUCUACCCGAGUCGUGACGAGUACGAGGCCCAUCAGCGCACCGUCCUGGAGAGGCUCAACAGGCUGCACAACAAGGAGGCGCUGAGUUCCAGCAUCGAGGAGGGGCUCCGCCAGCAGGCCCGCUACAGGUCCGAGAGGAAUCACCGUGUGAAGAAGCCUACUCAAGAGAGCGACAACACCACUUUCAGCGGUGGUGAGGACAACGGUGACUCCCGCUCACACCUGUCCCAUGACUCUGCCCCUUCAAACACGCCGCACCCCAGGGGACAAACUCCCCCAGAGGCUGGACCAAGCCGCAAGCGGCAGCGUGCCUCAGAUGACGGCUCAGGCCCCGAGGCGGACAGCGGGAGCCCAACUCCUCCCCUGAGGCGCCACAAGGAGGGGCCGGCUUCGGAGAUCGAGUUGGUGUUCAGGCCACACCCCCAGCUGGUCCACGGCAACGACUACAACCAGACCAGAUAUGUGAAGACAACAGCCAACGCCACUGUGGACCAUCUGUCAAAGUACCUCGCUCUGCGCAUCGCUCUCGAGGAACGACGGACUGAUGGACCGACGGAGAACAGAGGAAAAGAGGAGGGAGGAGCAGAGGGAGAAGGUGAAACUGGAGCAGCGUCAAGGAGUGGAGAAGGGACAACUCUGAGCAACAUCAGUGAGAAACAAUACACCAUCUACAUAACAACAAGGGGAGGGCAGUUUUCAACUCUCAAUGGUUCUCUGACACUAGAAUUGGUCAACGAGAAAUACUGGAAGGUCCGAAAGCCGCUGGAGCUUUAUUACGCUCCCACCAAGGAGCAGCAGCAGCCUCAAGCAGCGCAGCAGCAUCAGCCGCAGCAGAAAUCCCCCCCACCGCAGGAUGGAUGAGGUCAUAGCCCCGUUCUCUGUUAACUCCUAUGAAAACACCAGUUUUGUUUGCAAUCUAGCAUUAAUUUUGGUUUAUUCUUUGAUUUCUUUUGCAUACUUUUCAUUUGAAACAUUUGACAGCUGACCUGAUUUGAAAUUGAUCAUAAACAGAAAACAUGAUGCAAUCUGCAGCAUUAAAAAAAAAACAAUUUAUAAAAUUCA